AUGUAUAAGUCGGCUGAUACAAAAUGUAUCAAUAUAUGCUUACUAACUCCCCCCCCCCUCCGUGAGCGAACAAAACCAUUAGAAAAAUCCCCUAUUUUUUGGUCAAAAACCCACCCUCCGUGAGCGAACAAAAAAUUUUUUUACAUAUAAUUUUAUAUAUAGUUUAUUAUAUCUAUAUUUAAUAGAAAUAAAGAGGAUAAUAUUGAAAAAUAAUUAUUAAGUUUGUUUGAUAUAUUAUUCAAAGGGUUAAAAAAAGAAUACCAUAAGUGAAAAGGUUGAAUUUAACAAUUUUAAAUUUAAGACAAAAAAAUGAAUAGAAGAAAUCGAUUAGAUAAUUAACUUCUUCAUAUUAACUUGAUGGCUGAAAAUCUUUGGAUGAUUAACGCCAUAAGAACCCGUCAACUCAAAUGAUUUUCUGACAAGUUGAGGGCUUACAGCAUCUCACGCCUUUGAAGCAAUGUUUAUCAGUUGCUGGCGAUCAAGAGCUUUGAGGUUUCCAGUUCUUUUCGAUCUUCUUUCAAUCUGCUCUGUUUGGAAUUUUGAUUCUGAAAUCUGUUGUUUUUGAUUUGAAAUUUGCAAUUACCAGUGCGUCAAGUGGUUGCAAAUACUUUGUGCACCCUCCAGGGAUCACAAUUUUGGUUGCAUCUAAAUCUGAAAUUGCAUUAGAAAUCAUGAUAGUUUUAUGACUUCCAGCCUGAUCAUAAAUCAGCAGUUGGUUUUCUCGUCUCAAUAUUGUUCUGAGGUAGUCAUUAAGAAUCUGGUCAGAAAUGUAGCCAGAUUUAUUUGAUUUUAUGAUGACAUUUUCUGGAAUAUUCAGUCUUUCUCUUACAAGGUUCGGGAUCUGGCCAUUUUUCUCUUGAAAAAUGAGCAAAGCAGGCAUUUUUUCUCCAUCAGCUCUAAUCAUAAGCAUAACAGUGAUAAAAUGGUUCAUUUUAGCUGAUUGAACGCCUAGAAUUCGUUGAGUUCCCUUGAAUCAUAAGUGAACUUGCUUUUUACAUCUCAAUCAAAUCUCGUUUCAUCGAAAUUGUAAAUGUUAGAUGGAACGAAUUGAGGAAGCAAUGACGCUAAAUCAUCUAGGUAUUGCCUGACAAGUUCUGCCUCUUUUUCGAUUGGCUUAAUGCUUGAGGCAUUGAUUUUUCUGAAAGAUAAAUUAUUUCUGGUCCUAAAUCCUUGCCACCAUUUAUCUCCACAGCCGAAUCGCGCCAAUCCCAUUUCUGCCGCCAAACUUUUUGCUUUCUCCUCAAUCGUUGAUCUGAGAACCUGAAUACCUUGCUCACGGAUUGCAGUAAACCAAUGAACUAGUUCUUUCUCUAGCUCUGGAAAUUGAGUGAAGCUUUCUAAUUUUAAUUUUUUAUCAGAUUUUACUGAUUUCUUCAACUCAUCAAGCUUAUUCACCCAUUCGGAAAUCGAGCUAAAGGAGUUGACAUGAAACUUUGCAGCAACAUCUCUCAUGCUCAUCUCAUUUUGGUGUUGAAUGUAAAAUUCAGCAAUUUCAACUUUCUGCCAAAUUUCAAUGUACUUUCUUUUCCCUUUGUACAUUUUUAUUAUGAUUUAUAGAGAAUUUGCUUAUUAUAUUAAAUAAGAAAAUAUAUAUAAAAUAUUUUAACUGAAUGCAUAUAUUUAUUACUAAUAGGUUUAUUGAUUAUUAAAUUAUUGAAAAAUUAAGCUGUGUUUUACCUUUAAUCAAAUGGUAUUCUUUUUUUUUUGGGAAAUUCCCUUACUCUCCCCCCAUAAUAUUUUUAAAAUAAUUUUCAACUUAUAAAAAAAUAUUAUUUUACAAUUAAAAAUUUUAUAUAUAAUUUUUUUUAAAAAAUAAAAAUUAACCCCCCUCCGUGAGCGAACAAAAAUUUUUUGUUCGCUCACGGAGGGGGGGGGGGGGAGUAAGCAUUACUUUUUAUUCUAAAUAAGUUUAGGCUAAUCUCUUACAUUCAUAUAGAAAAAAUAUAUAUUUAGAUAACUGAUUUAUAAUAAUGAAUUUACCACUCUUUGAUUUACAAACUAGGGAAUCUAUUAAUCUUGAGCUUCCUAAAGAUAAGCCUUCGCUUCUCAUCCUGUUCAGCAUGAAAGAUGUCCUUAUGAUGAGAGAAACUAACAAAGAUCUUGCUGACAACUCAUUUAAUCCUAUAGGUAUCUAUGUUGGCGAUGAAAUUUCUAAAGCAUCAGCAUUUACUCCCCCUCCGUGAGUGAACAAAAAAAUUUUGUUCACUCACGGAGGGGGGUUUAAUUUUUUGUUUUUAAAAAAUUUAUAUAUAAAUUUUAUAAAAUUAUUUUUUUUCGAAAUUUAAAAAAAUCCUAAUCGCAAAAAUUGGAAAGCAAAUAUUAAUUUAAUUUAUAAAAUUUAUGUUUUAAAAUGGAAUUCGUUUAAAAUUAAACAGAAUUAGCUCUAAAUUUCAUUAUACUAAUUAUCAUUUAUAUAUCAAAAAUUUUUUCCAUAAAAAAUUUUACGGAGGGAGGGUUUUUGGGCAAAAAAUGGCGAUUUUUCUAAUGGUUUUGUUCACUCACGGAGGGGGGGAGUUAGCAAAAAAGAGCCGAGAAUGAUGAAAAUUUACUGAGGAGGGUCAAACUUGACAGAGUGGAAACGGCAAGGAGCUAAUGAAUCUCCAUGAAUUAUCAUAUUGAAAAAUAGCGAAACUGUUCUGUCGCUAAAGCCAGCAUCAAUAGGAAAGCCACUCAUCAGAAACCUAAAGCGAAGGCUCAAUUCUACUCAAAGUCGAAGUUUAACUCCAACUCCAAAACAGAGUGCGACUCCAGAACCUAAAAUAACAAUUCAACAAGAAAAGAUUGAGGAAAUGGAAAAACUCGCCAAACAAAACCAAGAAGACAUAAAAGCACUCAAAGAGUGCCUUGCUGAAAAAGACAAAGUUUUGAAAGAAAUCAUGGACAAAUUGUAAAAAAUAUUCAGAGAGUCGUUUAAAGGAGCUGUUAAACUUAGGAGGAGUCCAAAGCUUGAAGAGGAAGAAAACCCUUAUGCAGCUGAAGAUGAAGAGUACUGAAAAAAAAGUCCGCUGUAUGAGGAUCAUAAGAAACUGUGGAUUUAUUCUAUAAGCACUGGAGGGAGGACACCCAGCUCUUCAACAAGGUCAACAUUUGAUGUAAAGCCGCCAAAUAGGCUAAGAAAUAACAAAAGUUUGGAGAGAUCUCGGAAGAGUCCUUUUUCACAUGUAGGUGAUUCUAUUGUGACACCUAAAAGAUUAAGAUAA